UCUGCGACUUUAUCUGAAAUUAAAGCUGGCGUCGUCUUUGUCAUGUUAUAGGGAAGUAACUGUUGUUGACAAAAAGGUUCAGCAGAAAAUGACCUUGACACUUCAUGGUGUGUUUUUUUCCUUCACGUUGAUCUCACUUCUGCUUCAAGUAUUGGGACAAACUACUGUCACACCAAGAACUACAAAGUUAACAACAAAGGUACCAUCCACAACUACCACUUCUACAACUGAGGCACCAGCCACAACUACCACGUCUAAACCUGAAGUACCAGCCACAACUACCACUUCUAAACCUGAAGUACCAGCCACAACCACCACUUCUAAACCUGAAGUACCAGCCACAACUACCACUUCUAAACCUGAAGUACCAGCCACAACUACCACUUCUAAACCUGAAGUACCAGCCACAACUACCACUUCUAAACCUGAAGUACCAGCCACAACUACCACUUCUAAACCUGAAGUACCAGCCACAACCACCACUUCUAAACCUGAAGUACCAGCCACAACUACCACUUCUAAACCUGAAGUACCAGCCACAACCACCACUUCUAAACCUGAAGUACCAGCCACAACUACCACUUCUAAACCUGAAGUACCAGCCACAACUACCACGUCUAAACCUGAAGUACCAGCCACAACUACCACGUCUAAACCUGAAGUACCAGCCACAACUACCACUUCUAAACCUGAAGUACCAGCCACAACUACCACGUCUAAACCUGAAGUACCAGCCACAACUACCACUUCUAAACCUGAAGUACCAGCCACAACUACCACUUCUAAACCUGAAGUACCAGCCACAACUACCACUUCUAAACCUGAAGUACCAGACACAACUACCACUUCUAAACCUGAAGUACCAGCCACAACUACCACUUCUAAACCUGAAGUACCAGCCACAACUACCACGUCUAAACCUGAAGUACCAGCCACAACUACCACUUCUAAACCUGAAGUACCAGCCACAACUACCACGUCUAAACCUGAAGUACCAGCCACAAAUACCACGUCUAAACCUGAAGUACCAGCCACAAAUACCACUUCUAAACCUGAAGUACCAGCCACAACUACCACUUCUAAACCUGAAGUACCAGCCACAACUACCACUUCUAAACCUGAAGUACCAGCCACAACUACCACUUCUACACCUGAAGUACCAGCCACAACUACCACUUCUAAACCUGAAGUACCAGCCACAACUACCAUCACUUCUUCUAAAGAAACGACAUCAAUAAUAAGUUUACAAAAGUCGACCUACUCCUCAAGCCAGACACCAACAACUACUGAAGCUACUACUAUGAUUACUAUCACCAAUACAAAUUAUCAUAUUGGGAAUAUACUUGAGACCACUACAAAAUGUAGAGGUAUGAUGUUAAAAGCUCUGCCAAUUCUUGUAACAUUAAAUCUUGUUAUUUUAAAUGUAAUUUAAAUGUAAACUUCAUUGUUUCAAAUUUAGAGCUUUUCAUUAAAUUCUUAAAUUAUUGUUUAAACUUUGGUUUAUCAAAUUUAUUUUGAGGAUGCUGAAAAAAUGGAACCUAAGUUUUUUAACAUAGGGGCUCGGGUUUGAAUCUCGUUAAAAAUUCCGAUUUUCAGUUUGGGAAUUUUUAUUGCGCUCAUGAGUCCAACAGUAAUAGGUAUCUGUAUCUGACAUAAACUGGGGUAGUAACAGCGGUUGAUGGUUAGUUACACUUGCGACAUGACUCAUUUGUUAACCAUUGGCCAUAGAAUCAGAUUUUUACAUCCGCUGUGCUAUAGAUUGAUAAAACUCAUUAAGAUACAAAACAUUUAUUUUUAAACCUUAACGCGAGUCUUCCAAAUUGCUUUUAAAUAUUUUUUAACUAAAUCUUAAAUGGAUUGUAUUAGAUAUUGGUAUUUACAUUUAUUAAAUCUUUGGUGAAAUAGCAUAGAUACACCAAAGUGUCAUUUUCGUCAUUAGCAAUUAGUCAACUUCUUUUAUUCUUCUUCUACUUUUUCUAUCCAGCUUUAUUGCUGCUGAGCUGGUCAGCUCUUUUGCAGACUGUGCCACGGAAAAAUAGUGUGCUGUUUUAUUUAGUUCAGCACUGCCGUACAGGGUGUUGGUUAUGUUAGGCUGUAAUGGAAGUAAGGGUCUGCCUAAGGAUGGUUAGGAAGAUGCAUUUAAAGAGGAUAUGGUUUACGGUUACAUAAGGGUGGGCGCAGUGUCCUCAAAGGAGAGUUGUGUGGAAUUUAUUUUGUUUAGAUGGUAAAUUAACAGAGGUGUAUGUCCUGUUCUUAGUUGGAAUAUUGUAGAUUGCUGUUUGCUGCUUCAUGUUGAUGGGGCAUGCCAGCUUAAAUAACGCAACUCAUCUGUCAGGGUUCAUUUUAUGUUGGUCUGGACUUGGUUCCAGUGGCUCGAUAGGGGGUUUCUUAGCUUGAUAACGGUUAUAUAAUUAGGAACAAUUACUACUUGAUAUAGUUAACUCCAACUCCAGAAUUCCAAGAAUAUGACAAUGAUACUUUAAUACUUAAUAAUCUAAUAGAGCACAAAUAAUGACCUAAACCUCAAUGUAUAUUUAAUACACACAACACCAGUCCAGGAACAUAAUACAACUGACUACCAAUUUCACUGUUUCAAACAAAGGAAACUCACAUACAAAAGCAUCACGCCUAGGAGAAAUAAUCAAAGGGAUACAACUCUUUUAAAUAGUACAAAGAAAUAACACAAUCACUCUCAUCAUACCUACCCCUGACACCAUCUAGAAUAAAGAAAACUGUGACUCCAAACCUCCACUUUGCGGCGAUACUCCCCCGUGUGGGUAUCGGGGCUUGGAAAUGACCAAGAGUAAUAAAUAACCCUACUGCCUUUCCACUUGCUUCAACUAAGCGAAUAAUAGUGGACCUUUCGCCCCAGCCUACUGUAAAUGCCAAGGAAUUGAAAUUCAACUGCUUUAAAUAGCAAAUAAUUUUUGUAGUAUAAAGUAUGUAAAUUCUCGUUUAAGAAAAUAAAAAAAAUGUAUUCAUGACAAUACAGUGAAGUAGUUGUUUUUUUUUUCUAAAUAUUACUUAUUAUGACAUUAGUAUUUACGAAAACAUUAAUUAUGCAGAAAUAAGAAUAUUUAUCCAAAUUUUAUUAUUGCAAUAUUGUAUGUCUAGCUAUUUAUUGGUCUGAUUUACAAAUCAUAAUUUGAUAUUAAGGCUUAAGAGAUCACAACAAUGUCUCUCUCUCUCUCUC